AUGCACAUCCAAGGCGAUUUGGAAAAGGCGAUGCACCUUUUCCAAGGGGCGUUGGAUAUUUACAGGGAAGCCAGUUAUGUUCACGAUCAAGAUGCGGCAGACACCUACGAGAAUAUUUCGAAUGUCAAAUUGGAUCAGGGUUUUCUGCAAGACGGCAUUGAUGCGAAUGCAGAAGCCCUCAAGAUUCGUCGAAGAACCCUUGGGGACGAUCAUGCUGACACGAUUCGGAGUAUGGAAGCGCAUAGGUCUUUGCUGAAACGUCUCUUGGUGGAGAAUCCUCGGAACUAA